AUGGCCGCCAACUACUGGGAUUCCACGCAGCACAAAUUCUGGACCUUUACGAAAUCGGAACUGGCCGAGACCAGAAAAGACUUGGAGAAGCUCAAUCAGCAACUGCACCUCAGAUAUCCUAUGCCGGACCCUCGCUUGAUGAGCAUUUACUUCCAGCAGCAGCYGGGGAAAUUGGCACGUAGGAUGGGUCUACGACAACAGGCUCUUGCAACAGCACAAAUCUACAUCAAAAGAUUCUACCUCCGUGCUGAGAUGCGGAAAACCAAUCCCUAUCUCAUCAUGACAACGGCCGUCUAUCUGGCCUGCAAGAUGGAAGAAUGUCCUCAGCACAUCCGACUCAUGCUUGGCGAGGCUGCACGACAGUGGACAGAGCUUGGGAUCACCGAGACCAGUAAAAUUGGAGAAUGCGAAUUUGCUCUGAUCUCUACGCUCUCAUCACGGCUGAUCUGUCAUCAUCCGUAUCGAUCGCUCACCGAACUGGCUCCUGUAUUUUCACUCAGCAGUGAUGAAACUCAGCUGGCGCAUUCCAUCAUCAAUGACAGCUACAACACGGACUUGGCCCUGCUCCAUCCUCCGCAUAUAUUGGCUGUCGUUGCCAUUUUUCUGGCCGUCGUACUUCGGCCGUCCGGUCAGCCUCCGGGUCUACAAGCACAUUCGAACCAGGCAGGGAAUGGUUCUGGAAUGGUCUCACCGAGCUCGUCAUCGAUGCCUGGCUUUGCUCCAGCAAUGUCGGGUGCGACGGCACAACAAACUCUCGGCGGGUUUGGCGGACUCAAACAGUCGGGUCCGAAACUUGGCAAGCUUGUUGAUUGGCUUGCCGAGAGCAGCAUCGACAUGGUUGCGAUUGUCGAUGCGACACAAGAAAUGAUCAGUCUGUAUGAGAUCUGGGAGAGCUAUAGCGAGAGAGCUUGCAAGGAGAGCAUUAUGAAGUUUGUGAAAGACGGGACUUUGAAGUAA